AGGGACAGCAGGGUCCGUGAUGAAGUGGUCCUUCGAGCGUCCCCGUUGCAUAGGAACGAAAACCUUCGGACACAUCAUGCAACAGCUACGAAGUUUAACUGUCUGGAUUCCUUCAUGAGUGAAGAAAAUCGUCCAACUUUUCAUUGUUGUAGAAGAAGAACACACCCAAGACAAGACAGCGAUAUUUGGACUAAUAACCCGGCGCUAACAAAUGCUAUCAACGCUAGCCGACGGUUAGCAGUCGUUGACUGGGUGCAAUGUGCAGGUAACGGUACAGUUCUCAAAAGAGACUUAAAAAGAUUUAAAAGAAAAUAAGCAGUGACCAUUUUCUCAGUAUACUCAGUUUCAGUUAGUAUCAAUUGUUGAUAUAAAGACUUACGGACAAGUGAAACAGGCGAUAUCACCAUGUUAACCUCAGCUAACCGACGACAAGCUAGCUAACGCCCGUUAUUGUUGUCAGGGGCCGUCGGAUGGGAGUUCAGUUUAUUCCCUUCAGGUAAUUUAGAAACCAAGACGAGAGACAAGUUGGACAAUAUAAUCGUCCUAGUCAAAGCGAAAGAAAGUAUCAAAGAGAGGAGAUGGCUGGCGAUGUAGGCGACAUCCCUGAACUUGACCAGAAGAAAUACGAUGCAGACGAGCAGGUGAAGAUUAUCUGCCUGGGAGACAGCGCAGUGGGUAAAUCAAAGCUGAUGGAGAGGUUUCUCAUGGACGAAUAUCGUCCCCAGCAGUUGUCAACAUAUGCUUUGACUCUCUACAAACACACAGCCACUGUAGGAAACAAGACAGUAGCCGUUGAUUUCUGGGACACUGCUGGUCAGGAGAGGUUUCAGAGCAUGCACCCCUCAUACUACCACAAAGCACAUGCAUGCAUCAUGGUUUUUGAUGUUCAAAGGAAGAUCACAUAUAAGAAUCUGGCCAACUGGUAUAAGGAGCUGAGAGAAUACAGACCAGAGAUACCCUGCUGUGUGGUUGCCAACAAAAUUGAUGCUGAUUUGAAGGUGACACAAAGAAGCUUUAACUUCGGGAAGAAGCAAGGACUUCCAUUUUACUUUGUAUCAGCGGCUGAUGGGACUAAUGUAGUUAAGAUGUUUAGAGAGAUGAUCAAGAGAGCAGUGGACUACAAGAAAAACCCCAGUGACUUCAUGGAUGAAGUGAUGCAAGAAUUAGAGAACUUUGACCUGGAAAAGAAAGAAGAGAAUUCGGAUGCAGAUGAGGAUGGAUUGAAAGCAGAGAGCCCCGAGCUGGUCUGACACAGCUUUACAAAUCCUCCCAACCCUCUCGUCAUCUCAUGGACUAUUUAUCCUCCUCUGGGUUUGAAGCUGGGAAUAGAUUAUAUUUUUAGUCAACAUGAUGCUGUGGACAUGACUUCUGUCAGACAUCUCUGGUUCUUCGUGGCUGACGUUUUCAACUGGCACAUUGUUUUUUAAUGUAAUUUUGGCGGGUUUGUAACUCCACCACUGGAGAAUGGCACAGUCUUUCAGUCAGGUUGAAAGUCACCGCCCUCCAUGUGUCCACUGACAUCGGCAGGGAAAUAAACCUGGUGGAAUAAUUAGGGAUUGUGUUUACCAGGUUCAUUUAGCUGCAGUUUUAGCAUUGUUACUCCUAUUUUGUAUAAUAACAUCUACUCCAAUAAUGAGGCUGAAUGUUUGAUUCAGCAUGAGGAAAAACAGCUACGUUGUGUCAUGUGAUAAGAAUGUGAAGCAUUGAAAACUAGCUCAGACAGAGAAAAGACAACGUGUGAUUAUGAAGCGUCUUUGCUGCUGUUUUUGAUGCGUGUGUGUUUAGUGUUGUGUGCAAUGCCAGCGGGGAGCUGCAUCUGUUAGCUACUUUUGUUGCAUUCAUUUUUUGAUGUAAAGUCUGUUUUUCAGCGCCCUUUAAAUGAAAACUUAAUGUACCAUGUAACCAAAUUGUGAACUUGACAUCAGCAUUUUAUAAACGUCCUAUACAGUAUGAAUGUUUGUAAUACAACAAACCAGUUUUCUGGCAGACGGUGCACAAUAAGCUGAUCAUCUAUAUAGAACAGAAUGAGCCUCAAUUUCAGACGUCAUUCAAUUAUUCCUAUAUGAUAAUCAUGUUGCACACAAAAAGCAUGUAUACUGUUUUUUUUUUUUGUAUUUAUAUUUGACUGUCUUGUGUGGCAUCAAUUAUGAAUAAAUCACACUGGAACAUAA